AUGCUUGCUCCAUCUCCGUUGAGCAUGUACCCUCCAAUGCUCCCCACUCCUCCGCCCUCUCCGCCUAUCACCCGCUGUUAUGCGCCGGAAGACCGUUUGGGACUGCUCUUGGCCAACCGGCUGGAGUUGAUUGGAAUCCUGGGAGUAGGUGCUUACGGUGUCGUCUACACGGCCAUUGACAUCCAUACCAAUGUGAUGUAUGCGGUCAAGGCCCUCAACAAAGCUGGACUGGAUCCUCGCCAGCUCAAGUUUCAACAGCGCGAGAUCAAGUUGCACCAUAUGGCCAGUCAACACCCCAAUGUGGUUUCCUUGGUCCGCAUAAUGGAUUCCGUCGACUGCACCUAUGUAGUCAUUGAGUUCUGCCCCGAAGGUGACCUGUUCUCCAGUAUCACGGAGAAAGGCAACUUUGUGCAUAAUGACCCCUUGGUCAGGCGGGUGUUCCUUCAAAUUCUGGAUGCUGUUCAAUACUGCCAUAACAUUGGAAUCUACCACCGGGAUCUCAAGCCGGAAAACAUCCUGGUGACCGACCAGGGGUUGACCGUCAAGUUAGCUGACUUCGGCCUUGCUACCACGGAUGCCUGUACAUCGGAUUUCGGUUGCGGGUCAACUUUCUACAUGUCACCAGGUGGUCUGCAACAUAAAGAAUGCCAGCAACCAAAUCCCCGCCCAAUGUCAUGGUAUGAAUCCGCUCCCAAUGAUGUCUGGAGUCUGGGCGUAAUCUUGGUCAACCUGACCUGUGGCCGCAACCCCUGGAAGCGUGCCUCUCCCGAGGAUUCCACAUUCCGGGCCUACCUGAAGGAUCCGUACUUCCUCAAGUCUAUUCUUCCUUUGACCGAUGAGAUGAUCUGUAUCUUGAGUCGCAUCUUCGAGUGCGACCCAAGAAAGAGGAUCACCAUCCCGGAAUUGCGCACCAUGAUCCUGGAAUGCCCGCAGUUUACCAUUCCUCCCUGGGGUUCCAUCAACGGCCCAAUGCCGGUCGACUUUGUCAAUAACCCACAGGUCCCUGUGCACCACAUCCCCUCGGAUGUCUAUGGUUCGCAGUCCUCCGUCUCUUCUGGCUCCUCACAUUAUUCCGACUCGUUGCAGUCGGCGGUGUCGGAUGCGUCAUCGUUCACGGAAGGCUACCCCGACGUAGACAGUGUCUCGUCGAUGUCUUCCGUGGGACUGGACUGCGAGGCCGAUUGCAAGAACAUCUUCGCGACAACGGACUCGGUCACGUGCAGUGACUUCGUUGAGCCGCUGCUGAUGCCUUUCCCACAACCUAUCCCGGUCCCUGCCUACUAA